AUGGCAUCAAUAAACGACCUACCAACCGAGACACUAGUCUUGAUCCUUGAGUAUCUGUACCUCACGGAUCUUCAAACCUUCAUUACAUCACAACGAGUGGCGCGGCGUUUCCGCAGCGUGACCCAAGACAUACUGGCCAGGCCCCCAUUCGUUGACCUCCAGUCGCCCCCUGGCCGUCCCAUGAUCGAGCCGCUCCUGGAGUCCAAGUUCCGCAGCCUGUUCAAGGCCACCGACUGCUUUACAGCCGAGGAGCGCCAGACGAUGGUCUGGCCCACGCUCAACGGGGACCACACGCUUCCGUUCCGGCGUCUGCCCUGGGCCGGCAGUGCUCGCUCCCGCGCCGCGUACCUGCGCCCGGACGCGAGCUGGCGGCGGUUGGGCACCGCGACCGCCGGCCGGCCCCCCAUCACGCACCUGGCCGUGGUGCGUGGGUACCAGUCGUCGGAGGACGACGUGGUGGAGUACCACAGCGUGGCGCUCCCAGCGCCGGGGAGUCUCACCAUGGGGCUCCUCUACGACGUACUGCUCAGCGACGGCGCAGGCCACAACACUGAUCAGUGUGGGGACUUCGGCGAUGAGACGGGGGACUGGCAAUUGCUGCCGGGGAGGCGGCUGCGCGACCACGACCUGCUGCAGGAGUACGAGUGCUUCGUCCUCGAGGACCCAGAGCUGGUGGACGAUGGGCCCGGUGCCGCCCAGUGCGCCAUCUUGUACGUGCAGGGAGCGGCCAUUGACGACAUAAAAGAGUCCGUUAGGGCAGAAGAUGGAGACGAGUGGCAGCCGUCCAUGAUCGGGUCAAGACCUAGAUUUUUAUCAUGGGGCGAAGAGAGAUUUAAGUGGGAAAAUCCUGCUUAG